UCAGGUGGUCAUACUACAUUUAUGACUUGAUGAUGCAUUGUUUUUGUACUUAAUAAAAGUAUUAGUAUUCUGUAGUGUUGUGACAAACACGUAUUGGACAUGUAAUUACAACGGUAUAUAUGUUGUGAUAUGAAGUUAAGGUUCCUCUACUUACCUGAUUUGUGCAGUCUGAAGCCAUUUAAUGUUGUUGACAGUCAGCUGAGUGUGUGCUGCACGUCCAGGCCGUACUGCUUUAAUGGAGAAAGAGACUGUGUUAGUGUGUGUGCGUGCUUGCAGUAUGUAUGGGUAUCCAUGCAUCCACUCAACAUAGUAAUCCUGCUGCCUUUGUAUUCCUCACAUAUAAGCUACAAAAUGACCCAUCUGGGAAACUGCUGCCUCAGCAAGCCAUGCACCCACCUCCCUCCCCCCCAGCCCCUCCCUGGUGCUCAUGGGCAGCAUGUGUGUGUUGUGUGUGUGAAUGUCUGCAGCCUGUGUGCAAGUGUGUCUGUGUGUGUGAGCCUGCUGGAUCAUUUUCUCUGGCUCUGGAGGUGAACAGGAAGAGGAGAGGAGUUUUUUUUUUUCUCAGGAUAUCUGGGAGGGGUGGACAAGGAGGAAGUACCCAGCUGUUCUUGCCGAUUGCUGUUGGAUCUUUCUAUAAAGAGAGGGACUUUGAACCUGGACACUGAGAAAGAAGGCUGCGUUGUAUCACCUCAGUGACAAAUCGCAAGCUUGGAUAGAAGUUUGGAGUUCAGUUUUAUUCCUGGUGGUCGGAACCCUUCAGAUCACCACAAAACUCGAUUUUAUUUGUCCUGGGAGAAACACUCCUGGCUGCUGAGCCUGUUUGUGUUUAUGUGAGCCUGAGCGCACUGUGUUUUUGACUGGGAGCUCCAAACAUGUUAUUGUCCUCAAACAAAUGAGGGGUCGGAAUAGCGCACGGCAGAUACGGGGUGAACUCCAGUCAGGAAAACAGCCAGGCUGCCGUUGGACUGGAAUUUGAUCUUCACACUUCAGCUCAAUCUGCUGCUGUCCUGGUGGACGGGAAAAGUCUGUGACUGCUUUUCAGAAACACAGUUGGUCUCCACUACAUAUUAUUCCAAGAACUCGUGUCUGAAGCUGAAUCAUGUGAUGUACAGUGCGUGGGAGGAGCACCUGCAUAGACUCAAACAGGACUAAAAUAUGCAGCUGCAGAAAGACACAUGGAGGGAUUGCUUAUUCAAGAAAGAAUCUGUGACUUAUAUUUAUGAGAUAUCCUGCCUGAUCUGUAAAUUCAGGUUACUUUUGAGUUAAUUUUCUAGACAGUGGCAGGUUUAAGAACAAAGUACCUGUGUAGUAUCUGUGUCAUUUAACAGUCCUAAUUACCUAAUUUUGCGUUAAGUCGUAAAAUGGCAUGCUGCUUUCUCAGUGUUAUUAGAUAUCUGUAUGUCUUCCCUGUCUUUUGAAGUUGUAGUAUUUGAUUAACUCCUAGUGUGGUUUAUCUGUCUCGUCUGUUCUAUCUGGCAGGAAGGAGGCAUAAUAGUCAAUGUGACAUCAGUGCAGACAUGCCUCUUUCUUGCUGACUGGCAGAACAGGGUUCAAAAUUCAAACUCUAUUCAUAAGACAGGAGGAUAAUUUCAGUGUGCAAGUGUUUUCAGUCACAUUUCACUGUCACUGGUGACAGUGUCUCUAGACACUUUUUCCAAAAGAAGGAACCGGUUGUCAAAGAAGUACUGAACUUUGUUUGUAUUGCCAAUAGUUUUGAAUGGUGUUCUGUCUCCAGGGCCACUUUAACUUCCAUCUUGGACUGGAUAUUUCUGGAUCUGUGAGGACUUGCAUCCACACUUCCCUUGUGACUGUGUUUCUGGAGUUUGCAUCAGGCCUGAGUGAAAUGUUUGGCCAUCUGUAUCUCCAGAUGUGUGUGGAUGCUGGAACAAGACCAGCGUACUGUGAAUGACACACACACAUUGUGCUGUGGACUUAAGAGACCUUAAUACGUUCACGCAGGCAAAUCCAAACUGAUCAAUGGAGUGCUUAUGUGGGCAGGCAGCUGAUUUCCAUGAAGAUCAGACCCAUAACGAGAAUCCAGUAGUGAUCUCCUCCUAUUCCUCACAGUUAGACCUAGACUGCAUUGAUGGAGGAGGCAAUUAUGACAUAGUGAACAACGCUGUGAUCUCAACACCUGGGCCACAAAACUACAGAGCCCAAAAUGUGUCCUUACGGCAAAGCUGGGAGAUGAACUACCAAGAGGCAGCCAUCUACCUGCAGGAGGGAGAGAACAAUGAUAAGUUCUUCACCCAUCCUCGAAACCCAAAGGCACUGGCAGCAUACCUGUUUGCCCACAACCACCUGUUCUACUUAAUGGAGCUGCUGACAGGGCUGCUGCUGAUGAUGCUGUCGCUGUGUGAAGCUCCCGCUGUUCCUUCCCUGCGCCUGGAUGUCUAUGUCCAUGCCACCCUGGAGCUGCUGGCUUUGGUAAUGGUGGCAUUUGAGCUAUGCAUGAAACUCCGCUGGUUAGGCUUCCACACCUUCAUACGACACAAGAGGACCAUGGUGAAGACGUGUGUGUUGCUGCUCCAGUUCGUGGAGGCCAUAGUGGUUCUGGUCAGACAGACGUCUCAUGUGCGAGUGACUAGAGCGCUCAGACCAAUUUUCCUGGUGGACUGUAGAUACUGUGGUGCAGUGCGCAGAAAUUUGCGUCAGAUCUUCCAGUCCCUCCCACCUUUUAUUGAUAUCCUCCUACUGCUGCUCUUCUUCAUGGUUAUAUUUGCUAUAUUGGGUUUCUGCCUCUUCUCUCCAAACACAGCUGACCCGUACUUCAGCACUCUGGAGAACAGCCUCGUCAGUCUGUUUGUGCUGCUGACCACAGCAAAUUUCCCUGAUGUGAUGAUGCCAGCAUACUCCAAGAACCGCUGGUCCUGUGUUUUCUUCAUUGUUUACCUCUCCAUAGAGCUCUAUUUCGUCAUGAACCUGCUGUUGGCAGUGGUGUUUGAUACGUUUAAUGAUGUUGAGAAGAUGAAGUUUAAAUCUCUUUUGCUUCACAAACGCUCCGCUAUUGACCACGCCUUUCAGCUGUUAGUGAGCCGGCAGAGGCCAAUGGGUGUGUCACUGAAACAGUUUGAUGGUCUGAUGCGAUUUUAUAGACCACGGAUGUCUGCAAGAGAUCGCUUCCUUACAUAUAAAGCUCUUAAUACCUCAGGGGCUCCUAUGCUCAGUCUGCAGGACUUUUACAAAUUCUAUGAGGUCACUGGCCUUAAAUGGAAGGCUCGACGCAGUGGAGAACAUUGGUUUGAUGACCUUCCACACACGACCUUUCUCAUUUUCAAAGGCAUCAACUUGCUUGUGAAGUCAAAGGCCUUCCAGUAUACCAUGUAUGUGGUGGUGGCCAUCAAUGGUGUGUGGAUCCUCGUGGAGACGUACAGGCUGAAUAGUGGAUUUUCCUGGUCCAGAUCAGUUCCCUGGAAUUACAUUGUUUUCCUGACCAUUUAUGGCGUAGAGGUGUUAUUGAAAAUUACAGGUUUGGGGCCGAUGGCUUAUUUCAGCUCUGGGUGGAAUCUGUUUGACUUCUCCGUGACCGUGUUUGCCUUCCUGGGCCUGAUUGCUCUUGCCUUUGAUAUGGAGCCAUUUUACUUUAUUGUAGUUCUCAGACCAUUUCAGCUGCUCCGGUUGUUUAAGAUAAAGCAGAGGUAUCGUAACGUGUUGGACACCAUGUUUGAGCUCUUUCCCAGGAUGGCCAGCCUGGGGUUGACCUUAAUCAUCUUCUACUACUCCUUUGCCAUUGUGGGGAUGGAGUUCUUCGCAGGCGUAGUUUACCCCAACUGCUGCAACACCAGCACAGUGGCAGACUCCUACAGACAGAUCAAUAUCACAUAUGGCAACAAAACCGUGUUGGAAGAAGGCUACUAUUAUCUCAAUAACUUCAACAACAUUCUCAGCAGCUUUGUGACUCUGUUUGAACUGACUGUGGUCAAUAACUGGUACAUUACCAUGGAAGGAGUAACUUCCAUGACAAACCACUGGAGCCGGCUCUACUUCAUGACCUUUUACAUAGUUACCAUGGUUGUGAUGACAAUCAUUGUGGCGUUCAUUCUGGAUGCGUUCGUGUUCCGCAUGAACUACAGCCGCAAAAACCGGGAACCACUGGAGAACCCAGAGGAUGAGAACGGGAUAGUGUUUGAAGUAGAGGUGAGUCGUGAUGAAGCUCUGGCCACACUGGAGCUUUACAAACAGACCUGCCCAGGACUGUCCUCCCUCAACUCUUUACAGGGAGUCCUACAAAGUAUGGACAGGGGCGGGCACUCGUCUCUGGUGUACCUAGGCCGGAGGUCUCGGACAAAGAGUGACCUCAGCAUGAAAAUGUAUGAGGAGGAGAUACAGGAGUGGUAUGCAGAGUAUUCAAGGGAAAACCUGCCUCAGCCAGACCAAGGGCUGGUGCGGGAACUGGACAGUCUCGUCUCUGACCUGUCUUCCUUCCCAGAGCCUCAGCUCAACUCACAGACUGGACCUCACAGCAUCAACUAACGCACAGUCUACAAGUAGUACACACGCACCACCAUCUCAGCAUUUCUUAAAUGCUAAGAAACCCCAUCACUCCAGGUCUUCUCCAAUUCCACCACGCUCCCCGUUUGCCACAGUGGGAAACUGGUCGGGAGGCCUUUUGGACUGAUGUGAUUGUAAGACUAAUUUAUGAUGCCUCCUUCCUGGAGCCGUCACUACAGACAGAAAAACAGAAGUACAGGUCUGUUGCUCGAGCAGGCGAAGUUUUUUCAGAGACUGCAACAAAUACUACCAGAGAGCCUGUACUACCACAGUAUGUUAUGUACAUGUACUGCUGUAGGCCUCUUGUGACCUCUUGUAAAUCAUGUAGUACUUAAACCUGAUGCCUUAGUUCAGUGGCUCAUCUGAUCAGUAUUAACAGAGAAUAUUUCCACAAGUCCUUUAAAGACCAAAAAACAAUUACACUCCUUUUAGUUAAACCCAACAAAACAGUUAUGGUGUAUCUCCUAACUCAUGUCUCAGACUAUUUUACUUUUCUAUAACUUCUUAUUCUGUAAUGUGUUUGAGUUAGUUAAUAAGAGAUUUUAUUAAACUGUUCAAACUGUCAA